AGUUUCAAUCAGAACCGUCAUGCAAAUUUGGAGCGUUUGUCAUAUUGCCCGUCCUCACGUUUUUUUCUUCUUUAUACUUUAUCUCCCAAAACCAUUUUCAAUGAGGUGUUGACAUGGACUUAACUAAAACCUCACCACCGCGGCACCAACAGCACCAACAUUCGGAAUCGAGACUAGACAUUUUACGCGGAGCGAUCAGUCGUUACUCUCACAUUAUCAAUACUGACACAAAAAACCAUUGGAGAAAGUUAAAAACCCAAAACCUUCCGAGAUCGUCAAGAAUCCAUGUCCACAAGCGAUCCGGAGGAGCUUCCGAAAUUUACAAGAUCGAGGUCGAUAUUACUGCUCGAGCCGACCGCACUUGGACACUAAGCAGUUGGCAUGCAUUAUUCCAAUCUGUCGGAACUCGGAAACUAUGGGAUCAGAUGAUGGAUGAGGUGCAGGUCUUGGACAGACCCGAUUCAAACACGGUUAUUACACAUAGAACUUUCAAGGGCAGCAGCAAUGAAGGAUGCGUGUUUGCAGAGAGAACAAUACGGAAACCCAGCAUGAUACGUCACAUUGUCACAACAACAACGCCCCAUCAGGACGACAACGAACAGUAUGCAGCCGCGUGUCCGGCCUUGGCUGGCUACGACGUACGGAUAUCUCCCGAAGACGACCCCAACUUGGAUUCGCGUGUCACCUUCUACUAUGAAAUCGUAUCACCGACGCUAUCAGAAGAUGUACUCGAGCCGUACGUUCUCUCGCUUGUGACUGGGCCAUUGUCAACACUGGCAUUACAUGGUGCCCCACCCGAUAUUCUUCGUGAACCAGAUUCGUUUGUUAAGAGUCUAGUCUACAAUCCCGAUAGACGCACUUGGGAUCUUGUUUACCAAGUGUCAAACGCAGCGUCAUCGAUAGGACAGCAUCAGCAUCAUCCAUCAUCGUCAUCUUCUUUCGCAACAGCGAGUGGUGGAAAAGUCGGCAGUGGAGGAGGAGGAUCAGAACCAGCGUCACCCUCAUCUGCCGUUGGGAGUAUUAGCAUCCAACCCCCUCGCAAAGGCAGCCUUGCUUCGAGUAGUAUGCAUUGGCAAGGAGGAACAGGUUCAUGGGAUCGAUCCAAUACAUCACCACUACAGCUUGCAUCAUCGCUACGUCAUCGACGAGGUAGCUUUAUGGGGCCGUUGCUACUACCACCGUCAUCCUCUUUAUCAUCGAUACAUUCACGAGGAUUCCACAAAGCAUCGACGGCUAUAUCUCCAACGAUUUCACCAUCCUCUCCGCAACAAAAGCGUGUCUUGUUUAGCUCGUCGUACACGUUUGGCAGGAAUGAUGACACGAAGAGCAACAGAGGGAUGGAAUGGGGCCGAACACCAGACUUAGUAGUUGAAUUGGACAGCAAGACAUGGGCCGGACGAUCAGCAGCAGCCGUUGAUUUACAGUUGGAAGUGUCAGUGGCGGGUAUGGGUGAAUUGGACUCGAAAAUGGUCGACCAAUUUGCUCAGUUGUGCAUUCGGUGUUAUGCGGAACGACAGCCACCACCUGACGAUGACAGCUACUACCGCUAUUUUGUGACACUGUACCACCCUCCACAGCUGAUCCAGUACCUCAUUAAAGAAAACGAGGAGUCGGCAGCAAACUUGGCUCGCGAGCCUGUGACGGGGCCGCGCGACGAAAUUAAUGUGAAUUUGCGACUUACGCCCAGAAAGCGAAGCUCUGGUAACGACGAUAUUGGAGAAGAAGACGCACAACAAUCGGAUAAUAUGGAUUUUGCGCUGUUUGUGAAUGGGAAAGAGUGGCCUUUUCGUUCUUGGGUCGGUGAAUCUUUGUUUUUCGACGAAAACAGUAGUGGCACUAGCAGUGAAGAGGAUGAGGAUGUCGAUGUCGAUAUCGAUAUUGGUGAUCAUGAUGUUUUCGUGGACGACAUGGAGGAUGGAGAUGUCAAUGAGAAUUUUGUCGCAACAAAAGAAAUGACACCUUCCAUCGAGCUCGAGCCAGUGGCCGUUAGCCGAUCCGAUCAAAUAGUUUCAACAUCAUCAUUAUUAGGUGAAAAUCAAGGGUCAAGCACAGCAAGCUCAAAGGAAUAUGCAGCAACAGAAGAGCAGAAAACGGAACAUUAUGACACUAUUGAGAACGCUGAACAAGAAGAAAAGCAAGAGCAAAUGGAGCCAAGGAUGAGUAAAGAAGGAGAAGCUGACGAUGUCAUGGAUAUCCCAAAGACCGAUCCGGAACCUGUCCUAAGGAUGCGUAACUACUUUGAACGAUUGAUCCGGUCUGAAAAAUGGAAUAUGGUUCAAGCACCCGAGCCAAGUAAUUUAUUUGUGACCAUUCGAAAGCUGGAGGUGCCGGGUCAUCCAACAGGGGCUUACCUUAGCGAGGCGGUCUGGAACGACUGUAGCGUUUGGGACGUCAAGGCGGUGGUGAGUUGCGUUGGUGCUAGAAAAAUAUGGGAUUCAACGUAUGAGGAUGGUGUAUUCCUGCAUCAAGUAUCCAAUACAUGCACACUGUGGCACCACAAAAUGAAAGGAUUUUGGACAGUCAGUCCUCGAGACUGUGUAACAUUUACAAGUGCAUAUACGUCAGCGUCGUGUAUUGAUCUUUGCUCCACUUCAUGCAUGAACGACUCUUAUGAUCACCACAGUUUACCGACCAAUACGCCUGGCUAUGUACGCGCACGUUUGGAUUUGUGGAAUUGGCGAAUUGAAAGAAUUGAUGGUGAAGCAACCUCUGUCAAGCUUAUCAACCAGGCCAAUCUCCAAGGCUGGAUACCAUCGUAUGUGCCCAACAGCUUAUCCGGUCACAAUGCUGAUCUCGUUAUGCGCGCACACCAAUUCUUCAAUAAGCAUGGAGCACCCCCAGACUUGACCAUGCUCGAACACGGUAGUCUUGUCAACGUUUCAUACGAUCAUCAUCGACAAAGCUGGCGUUGUGAAUAUACUCGGUGGACAGAAGAUAGCACCAGUACGUCAGAAUCAUCAAGUACAUCGGCUGAAGUGCGAAUUCGAAGACGUCUGGGACGAAGCUAUAACGUUGUGAUUGAUCCACCACCAUCAUCGGUCAAGGCGAGCACUCGAACACAUGAUCCCUAUGGUAUUUGGCUCGAAAUCAGUCACCAGGAGAGCGACAUCAUUCCCCAACGUGGAAAGAUAUUGCUUCUAAUCAAACCAGGAUUUGACGACGAUCAAGAAAAGGUGGUGAUCAAUGGUGAUGCUACUGCUGUGGACAAAGAUUUUGUCAAAUCAAUGCGGAUAAAGGAAAAGCUUGUUGUCAAAGUGGAUCACGGCAUUGAAUCUGAUUCUGAUGAACCACCGCCGCAAGUCAUGCCUCGACAAGCUUCUGCUGCUCAAGCACCUAUUACAGCAACAGGAUUCAUUGAAGACGACGAACAAAGGAAAGCAGUAUCUGCACUGGGAGGAGAAGAAAAAGGUGUAGAAAAGAAUAUUACGACAAUAAUCGAGAGUCUACCGAAGUCUCCGGAAGAUCUUGCACAAUCAGCCCUAGCAUUUCUUACACGAGUGUCAGACCAACAGUUUGGAUGGUCAAACGUAUCUGACAAGAACGGUUUGAAGGUCAGUAAACGACCAGGUACCGCGAAAUUGACAAACAGCUCUACCGAAAAGAUAAUGCAAAUGUUUAUGGGCGAAGCAAUGGAGAUACCCGAACCUUCGGUAAUUGUCAAAGCUACCAAGGUUAUUGAAGGCUUUUCGUUGGAAGAAGUAGCAUCCAUCGUUACAAAUACGGGUAAUCUUCGCAAACAGUACGAUGAAGCAGUGGAAGAGAUCGAAGUGCUUGCUCGACUACGAAAUGGAUGUCAGAUCGUCCGGCAACUAGUUAAAGGCAUAUUUCCUUUCAAAUCCCGAGAGAUCUAUGUAUCUGCAUGUACAGCUUAUGAAAAAGCACAUCUCACGACCAACCCCUCCGCCAAGCGUAUUCUUUAUGUUGAAGCAUCUAUACCCAACUUUCCCAGUUCAUCCGAUCCAUCCAAACGACCACCGGCCCUAUUUUUCUUAUCCGGAUGGAUUUUGGAAGCCAUUGAUCCAUAUACCACAACUACCAACCAUCCCAUUCCAAGCAUGCGUGCCACAUGCUUAGCAUCUCUAGAUUUGGGAUCUUCUGUACCAGCAUACAUGAGUAAUCUGGUCACCACGGGCCUUCCAAAACGAAUGAAGGCUCUUGAGAAGCUACUACACUCACAAGGACCAGCACCGUAUUUGGGACAUCCAUAUGCAGCACAGGUCUUUUCUGGCGGUAAAUUAGUCGACGAGCUAUCAGCUCAAGGCCCCCUCGAAUGGACCAUGGUCGAUAUUACUUAUGACAAGGACAAAUAUGUCUUCACUUGUGACGCGUCGUUUCGACUGUUAUCAUCACCAUCAAAAAAGACGAUUGGAAACGUACCCAACAAGUCCAAUUUGAGCACGUCAUUAGUAAAAUCAAAUCGACAGCAACAAGGAUCAGUAUCCACAGGAUCUAUGACGGCAACGACGAGUAGUAGCACAACGAUGGGCAGCAACAGUAGUGUUUCAAGUGAUAUAAGCAGCAGUAAUGCCACCAUUUCUACAACCUCAAAGAUUGCGUGUGGUAGUACCGGCCGAGCAGGUGGAGGAGCCGUGACAACGAGCAUCCCUCCUGGAGAAACAUCCGCAUCCAUUGCUACGACAACACCUCCAACAGCAACCAAGAGCUCAACAUCUUCAUCAUCUCGAAGCAACGAUACUAAUACCUCCUUACUGCGAGCCAUCCUUGAUUUACGAAACUACAGCAAGGGAUAUGAACUCAAUGUCAAUAUGAACCGACGCAUGAGUAACAGCAGCAACAACGCUACCACCACAAUUGCAAAGAAUGUGCUGAUGACAGGCGGCGAAGAAAAGGAUGUCUCGAGCAUGCUAUCCGUCAAUGUAUCUGAACUGGCUCCUGAACCAUCCCACCUCAUUGCAAAUACCAACAAUAACGAAGUAGUACCUCGAAAACACGCCAUCGAAAUUACAGCAAAAACAGCAAUGCUAGCGCACGACAAAGUGUAUGCUUUGGAACUGCAAUUGAUACCCGUUACCGAAGAAUGCUUACAAAAGCGUGAAACAAGACUGACAGUUUCUGGCGUCCUUGGCGAGGAUGAUGGACAAUGGCAUGGUAUUGUAAUGCUUAACGGACAAGAGAUGAAAGUCGAUUCCACAGUUGAGGUCGCAGCUUCACCUAUCAUCGAAAGCCCAGUCAUACACCAAUCGUACCAUCAGCUUGAUCAAGAAGAUGAUCCGGAGCUGCUGGUAACGAAUCAACAGCAGCAGCAACAACAACAACAACCCUAUGAUGAAGCCAAUGCAUCCGUAGAGCAUAAUCUGGACGAAUCAGUAUCUGUGUUAGGCGGUGGUGUUGUAGCAGCUGCUCUUGGCGGCGUCUCAGCCAGUGUCAAUCAAAUCCAAGAUUUUCGUACAAGAAUGUUUUCGCCUUUCCGCAAUUCUACCUCGUUUUUGGCUGGUGUAUCUACUGCAGACGAGGAUGAUUUCUUUGAAUCACCGGCUUCAACACCAUCAGAGUCCUCGAUAGAAGGAAAAGAUGCAUUCCCAAUGCCUACUACUGGUGAUGACACUGCUACCACUGCUACACAACAUGUACAACAUCGACGCAGUCGACAUCGCUCUAAAUCCGCGCCGGAUUCUGUUACGCGGCGGACAGCAUCAGCAACAGUAAGAAGAACCACUGGUACAUCAACAAUCAACAAAAGUGGUUUUCUUGUCAUGAUUCUACUGUUACUACUUAUCUUGAUGGCAACGAUACGAAUACCGACUAAAGAAGAGGUGCUGGACACCUAUACCAAUGCAACAAGGUUACGGCAAUUAUGGCGAAUACCUUGGAUGAGCGGCUGGCAUAUUGAAAUUAUCGCUGUGCAACAUCAGUGAUUAUUCGCUUUUCUCCUCCACUGUGUUUGCGUUCGUUCCUUUAUGUUACAUAGUAUAUAAAUUGCAUUUCUCUGAUUGUAAAUAAAUUCUCUUAUAUCUUAAGCUGUUGCCGA